UCCGACCAAUCAAGAGGGAAAAGAAACUCCUCUGACCCGGAAAUGCUUUAUCACAACAAAAGUUUACCGCGAAUUCGUUCUACGUGGACAGAGCGACCGAGAAGUGUGUAUGCAGUCCGGUGACCUAUUUACCAACACUGAAUCAACACCAACCGUUCGUUAUUUGAUGGUCCGUUAAGGCCUUUCGUUCCCUCCGUGGUCAUGGACGAGUAUGACGAAAUGUACGGCAUAGAAGACGACUAUGAGAAUCAGUUUGCGGAUGAGCUGGAUGCUAUGGCGGAGCUGGAAUCCUCCUCCAAUAAGAAGCCAGAGCUCCAUCAACCUCAUCAGUCCUCUGAGGAUGCCAUCGCCGCGGGAGACGAAACCCACAAGAACCAAUCACGUGGGGUGUCAGCGGUGGACAACCAAUCAGAGGUCAGGACAAUGUCAUGUGCGCCUCCAGAGGCCAAGCGCCUAAAGCAGGAUGUUUCCAAGAAGCUGCAGUUUGAAACGUUGCAGAGUGAUGACAUCACACCCCCGUCCUCCCCAGAACAGUACCAUCCAAUCCAGAGCAGGUCUACAGUCCUGGACAUCAGUGGUUUUGGGGCGCUCCAGGACUCUCCAGGGAGGGUUGCCGUGGCUGCAGGGCGUGUUGCCGUGGCAGCAGGGCGGGUGCUGCGGCGGCCUCCGGUGGAGGGAGACUACGUCAGUGUGACGGACACGGCAGGAAACAGAGUCUACCUCCGACAGGAAGUACACCUGGGGACAAAGGUAGUGGACCCUAGAGCGGUGCGAGAUACCCAGAAUGCACUGGGGCUGCUGGCUGUUCCUAUCGAGGUCCUGAGACAACAGGUGGCAGAGAGGCGUCAUCGCCAAAUGGUGGAGGAAUCUGAACAUCUCUCAGAGCUGCUGAACAGAGGUGUGCAGGAGGAGCUGGAGGGGAACCAGCAGGAGGAGGGCCGGGUGUCUCUUCUCUGGGUCGACCGCUUCUCUCCUCGCCACUACACGGACCUGCUCAGUGAUGAUUUCACUAACCGCUGCUUGCUGAAGUGGUUGAAGCUGUGGGACACAGUUGUCUUCGGGAGGGAGAGGAAGCCCCGCCCCCCUGCCCCAGAGAGGCCCGCCCCCAACCACAACACAGCCAAUCAGAACGCAAACCGCUUCAAGACCAAGAGUCAAGUUACCGAGGAGAUUCUGGAGGCUGAGUUGGACCAAUACCAACGCCCGAAAUACAAGGUGGCGCUGCUGUCUGGCCCCCCAGGCCUGGGCAAGACCACCCUGGCUCACAUCAUCGCUAGGCAUGCUGGGUACAACGUGGUGGAGAUCAACGCCAGCGACGACCGAAGUGCGGAGCUGUUUCAGAAGCGCAUCGACACGGCAACACAGAUGCAGUCCGUACUGGGAGCCAAUCAGAAGCCCAACUGCCUGAUCAUCGACGAGAUAGACGGGGCUCCCGCGGCUGCCAUCAACGUGCUGCUGGCUACUCUGACCAGGAAGGAGGGGGCAGAGCCAGGGGUGGAAUCAGGGAAGAGGAGGAAGAAAAAAGAGGCCCUCCUCCUUCGACCAAUCAUAUGCAUCUGCAACGACCUUUACGUCCCAGCCCUCAGGCCCCUGAGACAGCAAGCCUUCCUCUUGGCUUUCCCCCAGACCCUGCCCUCCCGCCUGGCUCAGAGGCUGGCAGAGAUCACCAGGCUGCAGGGGAUGAAAGCUGAUGCAGGAGCUCUGGUGGCCCUGUGUGAGAAGACUGACAACGACAUCCGAUCCUGCAUCAACACACUGCAGUUCCUUCAUAGCAAAGGGCAGAGCCAGCUGGACCUGAAGGCGGUGCAGGGGGUACAGGUGGGGCAGAAGGACCAGAACAAGGGCCUCUUCCACCUGUGGCAGGAGGUCUUCCAGCUGCCACGCUGCAAACGGAAGUGCCUGGGUGAGGAGCUGGAGGCGGGGCUGAGAGAAGGAGGCGGGGCUCAGAGGCUGCAGCACAUCCUGCACCUCUCCUUCUCCAGCGGAGAGUACGACAAGGUUACACAGGGUCUGUAUGACAACUUCCUGUCCAUGCGUGUACGUGACCCCAGCCUGGGCAGCGUGGUGGAGGCGCUGGAUUGGCUGAGCUUCACAGACAGGUUGAACCAGGUCAUGAUGCAGGGGCAGAACUUCUCCCUCAUGAGAUACCUGCCCUUCCUCCCGGUCACCUUCCACUUCCUGUUCGCUCACACACACGUGCCCCGCAUCAGCUACCCUCACAGCCAGUACGAGGUGCUGAGUAAGACCCAGGCCAGCAGGAACGCUCUGGCGGCCAUGUUGUCAGACAUCCCAGCAUGCAUCAGGAGCAGGGUCAGUGAGCUGAGUCUGACCAAUGACGUGCUGACGUUGCUGCUGGACAUCAUCUGCCCCAAACUACGACCCGUGAACCCCCAGCUGUACAGCAGCAGGGAGAAGCAGCAGCUGUGUGAGCUGGUGGACACCAUGCUGUCCUACAACCUCUCCUACCGGCAGGACAGGACGCCAGAGGGGCAGUACACCUACCUCCUGGAGCCGCGGGUGGAGGAGGUGGCCUGGUUUCCCGGCCUGCCCCCUCGCAGACAGCUGAGCUACCAGACCAAGCAGACGAUCAGCAGAGAGAUGGACCAGGAGAAGAUGAGGAGAGCAGAGAAACUGAUGCAGCUACGCAACCCACACAGACAGGGUGCUGAAGCCAAGCCUACAGCCAGGAACCAUCAGCAGAGGCUGGAGAACAUCGUCAGACAGACUACCAUUGAGACCAGGCCUGAGGUGGACUUCUUCGGUAGAGCUGUUGUCCCAAAAGAGAAACCGCUCCCUCAGAACUCAACUACAGGCGAGGUGUGUGUGGAGGUUGCCAUGGGGACGGCGGUGGGGAACAGCCACGUGUGGUUCCGCUUCAACGAGGGCGUGUCUAACGCUGUCCGGCGCAACGUGCACAUCCGAGAGCUGCUGUAGCACACAUACACAAAUAUACACCACACACCCACUAUGAGGGUGGACAUUCUGUCAGGGUGAAUAGAAACUCCACACCAGUUCCCAGGUGAAUCUUUAUUGUAGUUCAAACAGCCAAUAAAAAGACCUCUUUUGUAUGUGA